AAAGCCAAGGCAUAUAUAGGGUGCUUUGGUGUCUCACCCAAAUCUCCAAGUGUUUGUGAAGAUCAGCUCAUCAUGGCCGCCCCACUUUUGUUUCUCACCUUCCUGGCUAUAACUUGUUGGGUUGCAUGGGCAUCCGAGCCAAGCCCACUUCAAGAUUUCUGCGUUGCAGAUCUCAACACUCCUGUGAAAGUGAAUGGCCUAGUUUGCAAGGAUCCCAAGCUUGUGGAAGCCAAAGACUUCUUCUGGAGCGGAUUGAAUGUGCCAGCCGCCAUAAACAACCCGGUGGGAUCCCAAGCAACUCCUGUCAGUGUUGCCCAAAUCCCAGGGCUCAACACUCUUGGCAUCUCCCUCGUCCGCAUUGACUUCGCCCCACACGGCAUCAACCCUCCCCACAUGCACCCUCGUGCCACCGAAAUCUUGACAGUCGUCGAAGGCACGCUCCUGGUCGGCUUCGUCACCUCCAUCCCGGAAAACCGUCUCAUAACCAAGACCUUGAACAAGGGCGAUGUGUUCGUGUUUCCUGUCGGUCUCGUUCACUUCCAACAGAAUAUCGGGAAUGGCUCUGCAGUCGCCCUUGCAGCUUUGAGCAGCCAAAACCCAGGUGUUAUUCUCAUUGCAAAUGCAAUUUUUGGAUCAAACCCGGACAUCUCCACCGAUAUCCUUGCAAAGGCCUUCCAAACCGAUCCCGCUAUCAUCGCCAACAUUCAGGCCAAGUUUUAGACAGUGUUAAGGCUUCAUUUUGGGGUGUGCUUUGUACUGACUGAUCUUCACA